AUGUGUCGUCCAGCUAUUACUAUUAUUCGUUCCAAUAAUUGUCCACUACUACAAGUUGAACCAUUCUAUCGUCUUAAACAUUUAUCUAAUAAUAAUCGACAAAAUCUUUCAUCUUCACCAACAAAUGAUUUUAUAUCUCAAUCAUUACCAAAUAAUCUUCGAAAAUUAAAUGAGAAUAAUUCUGAUAUUUUAAAUAUCAAUACAAAUAAUAAACAACAAACAUCUCAUACACAUACAGAAGAACCACGAACACCACAUUCAUGUGCAAAACACGUUGCUCGAUUUUAUCCAGUUACUAAAGAUGCACCUUUUACACCUGGUCUUAGACGCAAAAUACGUCAUAGUGAACAUCCACCAAUAGAAAGUUCAGUUGGUUGGGUUUUUGAUUCAUGUGGUCAUCCAACUACAAAACAACGAAGCAAUACACAAACACUUUCAGAAAGAUUUCAGAUGGGGAUGACAAGAACUCGACAACAAGAUUUCUAUGAUCAAUAUUCAUCAUCAUACAAUGAUUCACAUUAUUGGCAUGGAAAUAAUUCAAAUUCAUAUGAUUUUUAUGGUUCAACACCGGUGAAAAUUCCUCAAUUUCAACAUCCAUCUCAUAUACUUGUACAACAAAAUGGUUUUACUCAACAAUCAUUUUUCUUAUGUGAAAAUUUUAAUCGUCAUAUGUAUAAUGAAUUUAAACAAUAUGCUGUUGAAGAUGCUAAAACUGAUCAUCGAUAUGGUGUUGAGUGUCUAUUUCGAUUUUAUACAUAUGGUCUAGAAAAACAUUUUCGUCAACAUGUAUUUGAAGAUUUUCAACAAGAAACUCUUUGUGAUCAUGAAGCUGGUCAAUUGUAUGGUUUAGAAAACUUCUGGGCAUUUUUAAAAUAUUCUCGACAAAAACCAAAAAUUAAUUCAAAACUUGAAGAAAUUUUAAAAAAUUAUAAAAAUCUUGACGACUUUCGUGUUGAUGGUGCAUCAUUUCCACGACAAUUUUUUUCAACAAAAUCAAGAAUUAUAACUGUUCCAGCACCCGAAGCAAUUACUGCUGCAGCAGCAAAGAACAGUGAAACAUCAAAUUCAUUAAAAAUCAGUGGUGAACAUUUUCCGACACGUAAUAAUCGUGAUCAAGCUCGACAAUCGAAUCGACGAACAAUAUCUGAACGUGUUUUAGGAAGAAUUGGUAUUGGUUUAGCUAUUGUUGGUGGUGUGAUUAAUUCUAUGCUUUAUAAUAUUGAUGAUGGUCAUCGAGCUGUUAUUUUUGAUCGUUUUCAAGGUGUUAAACUAGAUGUUAUUGAAGAAGGAACUCAUUUUAUGAUUUCAUGGCUUCAUAGACCAAUUAUAUUUGAUGUUCGUACAAGACCACGAUCUGUUCCAUCAAUAACAGGAGCAAAAGAUAUAAAAGCUAGAGAAAAACAGUCAACUUCAGGAGAUAGUGAAUUAGUCACAGAAUGUGCUGCUCAAUUUGGUUUAUUACUUGAUGAUAUUUCAAUUACGCAUUUAAGUUUUGGACCUGAAUUUACAAGCGCUGUUGAAUUAAAACAAGUUGCACAACAAGAUAUUGAAAAACAACGAUUUUGA